UCUAGGAUUCCGGAUCCGGAUCUGAGACAAACUACCGAUGAACGGUCUUGAUCUGUCUCGAUCCGUCGUGGAUUGCAAGAUGAACGGAAGCAGCGACGAAGGCGAGUCGACAUCGGGCGCGACUGGCGGGGGUGGCGGCAGCGAGAACGCAGAAAUGGAGGAGAACGGAUCGACACGCACGAGUAGCAACAGCAGCAACAACAAUCCCGUUUACAGAGAUUUGAAACUACUUCAGACCGGCGAAGUUCCGCAGGAAUAUAAUCCACAAUCGCGGACCUCCUAUCAGCAGCGCGGAUACUCGCCGGGGAUAGACCGACAACGGAAUUAUGAAAAGGAGCAACUUCAACCGUCACCAUCUUCUAGGGAGGAAGAGAGAAAAUCGUCCUGGGAUUAUGAGAAGAACAGAAAAGAAUAUUCGAGGUCGCGGGAUUAUAGCAAUGAAUAUCAGGAUGCGAUAAAACAGGAGCCUAAGGAUCAUUCGAGUCGCGAAUGGGUGUCUCCCGUUCCGGAGGUCGAGGUCGGUGGUUCGGCACCCGGGGGUCCGUAUGUUCGUGCACGUAAAGACGUCCCUCGUGGCGCGAGAUUCGGUCCAUUCCUCGGCAAAUGGGCGAGCGAGCCUUUCAACCCCCGUUACGCGUGGGAGAUGCCGGUAACAGUAAAGGAGAAAGAGGGAAGAGCAGAUAGACAGAAUCAUCUCCUCGCUUCGACAGCAAACACCUGGUCGACUCGUUCGCCGAAGGUGUCAUCCACGUUGACAGAUCUGUCAAUUGGAUCGUCUUGCUGGACAACUUUCUAUUUCAAUUCCUCCGAAAUUUUCGGAUUCCUAUGGAAUCUGUUAGAAGUGCAUACGGUGGACCGCACAUUCCUAAGUCGACUGUAA